AUGCGGUUUAUAUGGACGUACGUGAAAAAACUAUGGGAGACGUUUAAAGUUUACAAAAUUUCUCUGCUACACAAGAACGAGCUACAAGUGUUGAAAAUAUUGGAUAAAUCGUUUCACAAAUACCGGAUAUCUCAAAAACUCAACUACGGCAUGCACAACGCCAAGGGCUACCCCUUAAACGUGGUCAUGUUCAACCGAAUGCCGACUCUUUUGUUCUUUAACGGUACCUGGUACGGACCGGAUUGGGAGUCAUUACAAAUGUUUGUGCGGAAAAUGAAUUUUACUCUCAACACCUACGAGCCGCCAGAUCGUGCUGGAUUUGGCCGCACAUUCAACGGCACGUACACGGGAUCUAUUGGUGAAGUGGCUAAAGGUCGCGCGGAUAUAGCGAUCAACAGCCGGUUCCUAGACGAUCCGGUGGAACACAAACCUUACAGAUACUCGUUCAUCACCGGGCUGGACUUUAUCUGUUUCGUUGUGCCCCGCGCCAAACCCGCGUCCAGAAUGCAAAUGAUCUGGAAAACGUUCACGGUCGAAGUUUGGGUGUGCUUGCUUAUUUGUUACGUGACCGUCACCGUGUCUUUUCGAUUUUGGAACAAGUGCAGUUUGUCCACCGAACGUAAGAUACCCGUUCCGUCCAUGACCACUCUUCAGGUGUUGUUGGGAAUGAGCACGCCUCAUUUGCCCAAACACAUUACGGGUCGCUUGCUGUUCGUCACGUGCUCGGCGGCUUUUUUCGUUGUCGUCAGCCUGUUCCAGGCGUCCAUGGUGACUAAACUCAGCGUAGCGCCUGUCCGGGACAACAUCAACACCCUACAGGAGCUCGACCAAAGCGGUAUAGAAAUACGCACGUCGAUCACGCGCGUCAAGGAAUCAUUGGCCACGUACGAGUUGACCAAAUCGCUGGCCGACAAAAUCGAAACCAUCAAAGACAGAAGCGACUAUCUGACACAUCAGUUUUCGUUCGCUGUGCGCGUGAUGAGCUUCAGGUUCAAAGUUUUCACAAACUACGUCACCGAAUUCAUGAACAACAGCAUCGAGUUACACGUGGUUCAGGAAUGCCCACUCAAAUACUAUCUGACUUACGCCGUCGCUUUAGAUUUUCCAUUCUUAGACGAACUUAAUGACGUCUUGAAACGUCUCCACGAAGCAGGACUCAACGAUAAGUGGAAAUUGGACAUACGAAAACUAGAAGAACAGUAUUAUAAGCCGUUGGGUCAAAGCACACAGAAAACCUUAAAAGCGUAUUCACUGUACGAUUUGUGGUUCGCUUUUUUAUUUCUAUUCGGCGGAUAUCUAGUUUCGUUCAUCACGUUGAUGUUUGAACUCACUUUAAAAAGCAUUACGAUUUAGAAAAAAAAAGUUAAAAACUUGUUAAUAAUUAACUAUUAAUUACAAAUGUUAAACGAAUACAAUACAGCUAGGUAGGUAGGUAUUCACAAUGUUCAAGUGUCACUCGAUAUACAAUUUGUCAGCAAUGCACACGGUGUUUAGAUUGUGUUAUUAUUAUUUAAGAUAUUUGCGAAUAGCAUCUAAUUACCACAUCAA